AUGUAUCCGAAAAUAAAGAUAAGUGAAGUGGAUGUAUCCGUGAAACUGGAAGAACCUUUAACCAGUGGUUCCUGUUCAAAAUUAAUUACUGAACUCAUCAAGUAUUUAUUAUAUCAGAAGCAACAGAUCCCAUUUUCUUGCGAAUCUCUGACACAGCUACAAGCAAAGGCAAAACCAAAUGAUAGAAAUUCUUGGUCCGCCAAGGCUGUUCUUAAUUCUUUGAGAAACAUGUCUGAUCAACUGACCUCGCAGUUACACCUUGAAGGUUGUAAUGUCAAGGAAGUUGUAAUAGCGAUGGGUGCUACAGUGGUAUCUCCAAAAUUCUGUGUUCGAGUAGAACUACCUGCUGGUAUCCUGAGUAGCCAGAAUCAUUUGGACUAUCAACAUCCACCUCGCAAGCCUCUUUUAACACUUAUGAGAUCCAUGUUUGAAAAUACAGAAUUUCAAGAAGCAAUAAGUGUACCUUUGGCACCAACUAAUACUUUUGUUCUUCUUCACAAAAAGGACUAUAAUAUGGUAUCCCAAUUUUUUCUACCAAAGCCUCAAUAUAUGUUGCCUGAACGAAUUGCCAAUCGAUUAUGUAUAAAGUUGGAUCAUAUCAAUGAAAUACCAUCAGAUUGUAAUUGCACUACAUUGGUUAAAGUACACCAUGAUUCCUUCAAUGCCAAUUAUGUUGAAGAUUCUAUUAAGGAUAGUUUAGACUUAUCGAAACAUUGUACUGCAGACAUUCCUUAUCAAUGGUACCAAUCAAAAGAAGUAAUCAAAGGUUUCAAAUUUGUACGGUGA